GCAGCGAGAAGAGUCAAUUCUCCGCUAGCGAUCCGAACGAGUGGACGCGCGCGCGCGCACUCUCUUGCCGCAACCGCUUUGCGUAUCGGAGUUGUGAAUUUGUUGUUGUUGUGCGCAAUUCAUCAGGUUCGUCAGUGUGUGAUUGUGUGCUGAACAAGUGUGCUUUUAUGAAGAAAAUUUCCACACAGAACAGAAACUGAAACAAAAUGUGUAAGGUGUUACUGCUGCUGGUAGCGUGCACAGUUGCACCACUGGUCGCGGAAAGGCUCGCGACGCUGUCAACGCUCGAUCGGCUGGCCGGGUACGCGAGCAAAACCAAUCUGGAGACGGCGCUGGACUACGGCGAAGCAAUCUACGAACGAUCCAAACGCCUCGAAUGCUCGCUAGCGGCCGGCACGCGCACCAAGGUCGUCAAGGGUGGCACCACGUACGCGCAGAUCAUCGACGGCUACCCGACGCCCGGCACCCAGCGGCAGGAUCUGCUCGCCCGCAAAGUGCUGCGUGCGUCCGGCUUCUUCGUCAACCGUUACUGCCUGCCGAGCGGCAUUCCCUCGUACGAGUGUGGCCUCUUCCUUGCCGGCACCGAAAUCCCCCCGUCCACGAUCGCCGAUCAGUGUCGCAGCUUGAUCGAGGCGAAAGAGUACAACGACGAGUACCGGCGACUACUCCCCGCCCUGUACGACGACGGUGUGUACAAGUUCCGGCGCAGCACCGCCGGUGGAGAGCUGCCGGCGGCACGGGACAUCUCGAGCCGCUUCCACGCUGCCCGCAACGGGCGGCAGCCGGCCCCCGACGCACGCCACUCGGUGGCGCUCGUCCAGUGGAGCCAGUUCGUUGAGCACGAUCUUGCGAAAACCACCGUCCAGACGAUGCACGAUGGCACGGGCAUUGAGUGCUGCACGGGCGAGCACGGUCCGCUGUUGCCCCGGUACCGGCAUCCGUCCUGCCAGCCGAUGGAGGUGCGCGAGGACGACCCAUACUACCGCACGUACCGGGCGACGUGUCUGAACUACGUGCGCAGUGCCCUUUCGCUCGGCAGCACCGGCGGUUGCCAUCUCGGGCCGGCGAACCAGCUGAACGCGGCCACCAACCGGUUGGAUCUGUCGCAACUGUACGGCAGUGGGGCGAACGAUACGCGCGUGCUGCGCACGGGCAAGGGCGGUCGGCUGCAGGCGCAGCUAUUCGAUUCGGCCGAGUAUCUGCAGCCGGCGGCCGACGAGCGGCUGUGCGUGGCCGAUGCGAACCUCGAAACCGUUUGCUACGGAUCGGGCGACACGCGCGUCAACGUGAACCCGUACAUUACGCUGCUGCACACGCUGUUCCUGCGGUCGCACAACCGGCUGGCGAAGCAUUUGGCCCAGCUGCGCCCGGACUGGACGGACGAGCGGCUGUUCGCGGUGGCACGGACCGUUAACACGCGCCUCUACCAGCGCAUUGUGCGCGAGUGGUUGCGUGCGGUGGUUGGUGAGGCGGCUGUGGAUCGCACUCCGCCACCGCCCGUCGGUGAACGGAACGAUCGGGUGAGCAACGAGUUUGCAACGGCCGCCAUCCGCUUCUACAACACAAUGAUGCCGGGCGAGAUCGCGAACGCGAUCGGAUCGUACGAUCUCGAGCGUCUGUUCUACCGGCCAAAGGAUCUGCGCAAGCGGGAAUACUUUGCCCAUCUGGUCGGUUCCGUGCUGGGGCAGAACGCAAUGUCCCUCGACACCGCGUACGUGGACGACCUGGCGCAUCUGCUGUUCGGUGUGCGCAACGUGGGGCUCGAUGUGCUCGCGCUCGACAUCCAGCGCGGACGGGAUCAUGGGCUGGCCCGCUACACCGACUACUACGCGCUGUGCACUGGCCGCCCGGUGAGUGGUUGGGCCGACCUCGAGCCGGUGCUGAAAGCGGACGAUUUGGAAAUUGUGCGCGCCUCGUACGCAACCGUGCACGAUGUCGAUCUGAUCGUCGGAGCGAUCGCGGAGCGGCCGGUGAAUGGUGGGAUCGUUGGCCCAACGCUGUCCUGCCUGAUCCGGGAGCAGCUGGACCGAUCGCUAGCGAUCGAGGUCGACUCAUCGCCGGUCCCGUUGGAGCGGGUCGAUGCACUGCUGGCGGAGUACAGUGCGGCACGGUUUAUGUGCGACACGGCACAGGUCGACCGGGUGCAGCGUGACAUUUUCCGCGUCCCAGCGGUCGAUAACCCGCAGAUCCGGUGCGCCCAGUUGCCGUCGCUCGAUCUUGCGCGACUCGUUUAGAGACCCGGUUCUGAGCAGCCGCCGCCCGCAGGUGGGGAUAGAAAGCCGCUGUGGUACAGCCAGUUAACCGGGGGCUGUACGAAAACGCCAUUAACGUGAAGGAGAAAGGUCGAACCGUGUCGUGCGCCGAGGAAGUGACUACUUUAGGGUCAAUUAAUCAUGGUUGAGUGCGUCCCCGCAGCCUCCCAGGCCCCGUGUAGGUCCAGUUCCUCACAAGGCAACGUUAUGUUCGUUAUGCUCCUCCCCCCAUCCUUCUUCAGCAGUCUCUCUUUGCGAGUUAAAAUGUAAAAGCCUAGGUUAAUUGAAUUCGUAGUAAUAUGUAGUGUGAGUGUUUGAAUCAAUUUUCGUAAGCAAAUAAAAGCAUCAGUCUUCGCUGAGAAGCUUGUAAUCGAA